UGAAGAAGCGGAGGAGAGGAUUAUCGUUAGGGCUUUGUGUAAGAAAGAGACAAUGCAAAACAAUUAAUAGGGAGCAGCCUCUUCUUAAUUCUUAUCCGACUAACAUAGAAAGUGUCAUUCAUGGCAGGGCGAGGCAGUUACACUCUGGCCGGCCCGGGAAUAGGAUUCGGAUUUUUUCUGCUUCUGCCUGCCAACUAAGCCUCCAAAUCCAACUCUGUUUCCUUUUUUAACACCGCUGGCUGGUUUUUUUUCCUUUUUUUUUUUCUUAAUUAGGAGUCAUAAUCACUGUAAUAAAAAUGAACCCAAAAGAAAAAAAAAAUCCAAACUCCAAAGAGCGCAAAACCCCCGGUGGUCUGCUGCCUUUUUUUUUUUUUCUUAAUUAGCCUUAAGCACGCUGCAGAUGCACCUCGCCCCCAAGGCAGCACCCAGCCAACUCCUCUCUUUCUUUCCGCAAAAACUUAACUGAACCCAAAGUCCCAAUCCAUAUCUAUACUCUUCUCCAAGCCCAUUUCAGCCCACCCUCUAUGGGGCGGACCAAAUCCAACAGAAAUCCCUUCUUCCCAUACCUAUCCCCUCUCCUCGUACUGCCGUGCUCUACAAACAAUUCAAUUUCUUAAAUAAAUUUAGCAAAGUGGGUCUUAAUUUAAUUUAAGCUCAUCAUGUCAGUGUCGUGUGUAUAUCUAAUUUACCUUUGAGCGAUGGAAUGCAUGCCAGCAACAGGCACGUGGGGAUUUAAUUUGCAUGACACUACUCACUACUUCUUAGGGAAACCAAUUGCACCACAGAAACAGAUUCCUUUUUUGUUUUCGCCUUGCUGCUGAUCAUCAUGAAUUCAUAACGCAUACAUUAUCAAACUACAUUUGGGGGAGAAUAAUUAUAUAUUAGCUAUCUAACGACAUUUUUCUUCUGUUUGGUUUGAUUUGAUUUGAUUCAACAAGAGGAGACUGGAACUGAAAGGUUAUAGAAUAAACAAACAUUAAUAUUGUGAUGGCGCUGCUGGAUCUUUUUGUUGCUGCUUCAAUACCGGUGUUGAAAGUGCUAAUGAUAACGGCACUUGGCUUAUAUCUUGCUCUAGAUCACGUCAAUAUCUUGGGGGAAGAGACUAGGAAGCAUAUGAACAAUGUAGUGUUUUACGUAUUUAAUCCAGCUCUUGUAGCCAGCAACCUUGCUGAAACAAUUACGUAUGAAAGCAUGGUCAAGCUGUGGUUCAUGCCAUUCAAUGUCCUGCUCACAUUUGUUAUUGGUUCCUUACUUGGAUGGAUAGUCAUCCAAUUUACAAGACCUCCGUUGCAUUUGCGAGGGCUCAUUUUAGGUUGUUGUGCCGCAGGGAAUAUGGGGAACAUGCUCCUUAUUAUAAUCCCAGCUGUUUGCAAAGAAAAAGGAAGCCCAUUUGGAUCUCCUGAUGCGUGUCAUUCAUACGGAAUGGGUUAUGUUUCACUUUCAAUGGCGCUUGGAGCCAUUUAUUUGUGGUCUUAUGUCUUCAAUAUCGUCCGAAUAUAUUCAAUCGGGAGCAUCAACGAAUCCUUUGCAAACGAUUCCUCUACCGGCAAGUAUUCUAGAGAAGCAUCCACAUCAGAGCAGGGGAGUUGCACUGAGCCACUACUUUCUUCCAAGGAUCUCUUGAUAUCUGAAGAGAACGAGAAGGGAUAUGUGCUGCCUCGCACAAGUUCUAAGGGGAAAGCUGAGGCAAUAUUUUCAAGUAAAAUAAAGCAACAACUAAGUUUGCUGAUUUCGAAGAUUAAUUUGGCAUCACUUUUUGCCCCUUCAACAACUGGAGUGAUUGUUGGAUUUGUCAUUGGACUCGUCCCUCAGAUCCGAAAAUCAAUGAUAGGUGACGGUGCUCCUCUUCGUGCGAUUCAGGACUCUGUUUCUUUAGUGGGAUCUUGGGGCUAUUAUCUACCCGACUCUCUGUUCUUCUUCACAAGAAUUAAUCAAACCAUAUUUAUACUAGAUGGAGCCAUCCCAACUAUCACCCUGAUUGUGGGAGGUAAUCUUCUCAAAGGACUAAGAGGGUCAGGAAUUCACAAUUCUAUCAUAUUUGGCAUCGUUGUUGCUCGUUAUAUUGCUCUGCCUCUCAUUGGUGUUGUCAUUGUUAAAGGGGCUGCUCGAUUUGGUUUUGUACACGCUGAUGCACUAUAUCAAUUUGUUCUUCUUCUUCAGUUUGCCGUUCCACCUGCAAUGAACAUAGGUACAAUUACUCAAUUAUUUAGAGCAGGUGAGAGUGAAUGUUCUGUAAUCAUGUUCUGGACUUACGCCUUGGCCUCAAUUUCGCUUACCUUAUGGACAACAUUAUUCAUGUGGUUAGUGGCUUGAAUUCUGCCACAACACUUCCAGGAGAAUUUAUAGUUG